AUGCGAGUGGAUCAGGUUGUGCAAGAAGGCGUGCAGCCGUCCCGCUUGGCGCAGCUCAGACGAGGCCAGAAAGUGGCCUCUGUUGCAGCCUUUGCAGCAUCCCUGCUGGGGUUGGCUCACCUGGUGCUCUAUGUCUUCACACCUGGCUCCAGGCCUUCAUGGCUGGGUCGGUCUCGGCGUCACGGUGUCGAAGCCCGCGAAUUUCCCGGGCUGCUCCUGGCAAGCAGCGCCGUGACCGGUGCUUGUGAGGCAGCCGCACAGGUCAUGGAUCGACUGGACUCACCGAUGAGGUCAGCCGUAGCCCAGCAGAUCCGAGCUGUGGCAUCCACCGGCACCACGGGAGCUUUGUUCAUUGUGGCGUACGUGGUGCCCGAGCCCAAGUCUCCCGCUCUGGAGUUCUGGGAAGCACCGAUGCCAGCAGAGGUCUUCCUUGGCGUUCGAGCCACCCGUAAACUGGGCCUUCCACAGCCCUGGAAAGCAGCGGAGCCCAACGGUGUGAGGCUCUUGCCGAAGCUCUAUGCCAUUGCAGAGGGAUCCGUUUUCAACCCGCAUGCCUCUAGCGACUCAACAUGGGUUCUGGAGCCAGCGCCGACGGAGCAACAAGUGGGCCACACGGUACAUCUAGAGGUUCCAGAACUUCAGCGCCAAGUGGGUUGGCUGGAACUUCAACUAAGGCAGCCAGAGAUUCUGAAGAGCCGCGCCAGCCAAGAGGCCUGGAUGUUUCCAGUGGCCAUCAGAUCACAGCUCCUUGGAAGAGAAACCUGCGCGGAAGUCCUUCACUUGCCCGCGAGACUCACAAAAAAUGGGAAGUAUGGAUUGAAACUUGCAAAACGUGGUGACCAUCUCUGGCGAAUCAUAGAGAUCAUGCCAGAAGGUACUGUGCACGAGCACAACGAGGCAAACCCGCAAGAAACCCUGCGGGAGAAUGAUCUCAUCCUCAAAAUCAAUGGAGAGGAUGCGGACAUCAGGAUUCUCGAGACGGCAGAAGACGGCGCACAAGUGGAGGUGACCGUACUUCGUAUGCCACGGUCGGUGGCGCCGCCUCCCUACGCGUUCGGCGUAAAACCCGCCUGUCCACCUUGUGGCGCCUUGGCCGCUUACUUCCCGUGCUCGCAGCUUUGGACGAGCUUCGCCCAGAUCUCAAGCCGGAUUUCCUCCCGUCCAGAGCAGCUUAGCUCGCCCGAGGAUACAGUGCUUGUGAAGUACAACAGGGGAGGUGCACUGCAAGCAUCCUCGCUUCCCUUCGUAGGGGGUGUGCACUUGGAGGAGCACGACUGCAAAAUCCCGUGUGUGGUCGAGUGA